AUGCCAGUCAAGUCGCAGACUCAUGCUCAAGAAUUGCAGCGCUGGAUCAACUUACCCCAGGAGCACAAGAUGUACGAGCCCCAGUACCAAGAACUUCUGGACGCACAGAUCCUACGCGCCAGACCCAAGGAUGAACUUGUUGUUAAGGUCAUUGCUGACGAGUUGUACAGCCUCAAGCCUCAGAUCUAUACCCGCGCACCCAUCAUGUACCUCGACUUUAAGAUGUCCAGCACCCAGACUAUCACCAGGACUAUCCCGGAAACAUACAGCAGAUUCUUCCGCGUUUUCAAUCGCACCGCAUACAUAGGCGACCUCGGCCACGACACCGAAGCCGAGGCUCAUCGUACCCUCAUCUUCUCCGAGGAUGGUACCAGCACCAUCAGGAUCCAGACCAAGGAUGAGGAAGCGAAUUUUGUGAUGAUAGCGGGAGAGCCGUCGAAGAAGCCCGUGGUCAGAUUGGUCCGUUGUAACAAGAGAGGAGGUGUAUAA